AUGCCCAAGGCCAAGGGUCAGCGCUCUAUGAGCGCCCGAAACAACCCUAUCGGGAGUCGUUCUUCUCGACGUAUCAGCAACUCUGUAGCUGCUGCCAAGGCUGCUGCCACCAAAAAGACCAACACACAGAACCCGGUCAAGGAAGAGCGAGUACAGGAGCCUGAAAGCGAUGACCAGGAGACCCCUCAGGAUCCUGAAGAUCACCCUUCAGCUGCCGAAAAUGCCUCCUCGAACGAAUCCGUUGAUAGCUCUGCUGAUGAAGAGACCAACGAGGACGAAGAAGAGGAGAAUGACAACGAUAGUGAGAAUGACCAAGACGAGGACGACGAUGAGAAUGAAGGUAAUGUCGCGAAUGAAGACAACACUGCUCUUCAAGGCCCAGCACCACCUGGUUAUACCUGGCAACUUGUGCCCACCACUUACCAUGGCGAAACCGCUGGAAACGUCGCCUCUCGAAUGUUCGGCAAAAAACUGAACGCCAAAAGCUCACUUGCAAAGAGAUUGUUUGACGAGCUGGCAGUACGUCCAGCAAGCCAGAGAAACCGCAAUACAAAACUCAAUGUGUCGCGGCGUAGCAAUGCCGAAGCUCUUCUGUGCCACCUUACCGGUGUUCGGGUUCAGACCGCUUGCAAGAACUGCUCGAGAAGCCACGGUCCCUGGCACGAAUGUGUUAUCUAUGACGGUCAAAUGUGCGGCAGUUGCACUAACUGCUGGUACAACGCGAGCGGAUCCCGUUGUACUUUUCAUGACGACAAUCAGGCUUGCCUAUUUCUCCCUGCGCCGUUCCCUGCCCUGCAGAUGCAGAUGCAGUCCAUGCGUAUUCCUACUAUGCGUAUGCCUGCCAUACUCCCUGGAACAAACAAUGUUCCCGGCCAACAGUAUUUGGAAUACGCCAACGGCCAGACAGCUACCCAGAAGGAGACUCCCCUCGAGCGCCUGCAAAGAAUCGGUGUCAACGCUGUGGAGAGUGCUGCUAUUGAGCUUGGCAGUCGCGUGGGUGAAUUUCAGGAGUUCAUCCAAACCCCCGCGGGUUACCUCAUGAUGGCCCAACGCGCGGCUCAGGAUGCUACCCCUUCUUCCUCAACUGUCGAAGAGCUCGGUUCUGAUGAAGAGCUCGGUUCCGAUGAAGAGAACGGUUCUGAUGAAGAGAACGGUUCCGAUGAAGAGAACUAA